CACUAAGAGCCGGGGGAAGAGGAUUCUAGCAGAGGAAAUGAAAAGUGCAGAGAACCCGGAGCAGCAAAGGGCAUGUCUUGUUCAAGGAACAGUCUGAAGGCCAGUGUGAAUGAAGCAGAGCUGGGAAGGCAGAAAAGUAGAGCAAAUGAUGGUGGCGAGAUGGGAGACGUGAAGCCGUGCAGCGGCUGAAAGAGUCCUGUGUGGUGAGGACUUCGGAUUUUUCUAACAGCAGUGGGACCCUUGGACAGGGUUUAAGCAGUGGUGCUGUGAAGCAGGGAAAAAUACAGAGGUGCAUUCCAGAGUUGACUGUUCAUGGCACUUACAGUUAGAGGAUGCUCACUGGCACUUAUUUUUGUCAUCAUGUCACUGUUGGUUAAGGCCAAAAUAGAUGUGUGCAAGAGGGGAGAUGUGACUGUGGGACCUUCCCACGUAAUUUCACUUGGAUCAGCUGUCAAUAUUUCGUGCUCUUUGAAGCCCCAACAAGGCUGCUUGCGAUACCCCAGUUUUAACAAGUUAAUCCUCUACAAGUUCGACCGAAGAAUCCAUUUUCAGCAUGGUCACUCCCUCAGUUCUCAAGUCUCAGGUCUUCCCCUGGGUACAACUCUGUUUGUCUGCAAACUGGCUUGUAGCAGUAACGAGGAGAUUCGAAUAUGUGGGGCAGAGAUCUCCGUUGGUGUUGUUCCAGAACAGCCUCAAAACUUAUCUUGUAUACAGAAGGGAGAACAAGGGACCAUGACCUGCACCUGGGAGAGAGGACGAGACACCCACCUGUAUACUGCAUAUACUUUACAGUUAAAUGGGCCAAAAAAUUUAACUUGGCAGAAGCAGUGUGAUUAUCAUUAUUGUGACCAUUUGGACCUUGGUAUCAACCUAACCCCUGAAUCACCUGAAUCUAGUUACACAGCCAAGGUGAUUGCUGUCAAUAGUCUGGGGAGUGCUGCUUCGUUGCCAUUCACAUUCACAUUGUUGGACGUAGUGCGGCCUCUUCCUCCGUGGGACAUUAGGAUCAAGUUUGUAAACGCUUCCGUGAGCAGGUGUACCCUUCAGUGGAGAGAUGAGGGGCUGGUGCUGCUUAAUCGACUCAGAUAUCGGCCCAUUAACAGCAGGUCCUGGAAUAUGGUUAAUGCUACAAAUGCCAAAGGAAGACAUGAUUUGCUGGAUCUGAAACCCUUUACAGAAUAUGAAUUUCAGAUUUCCUCUAAGCUACAUCUUUAUAAAGGUAGUUGGAGUGAUUGGAGUGAACCACUGAGAGCACAAACACCAGAAGAAGAGCCUGCUGGGACGUUAGAUGUCUGGUACAUGAAACAGCAAAUUGACUACAAUAGACAACAGAUUUCUCUUUUCUGGAAGAAUCUGAGUCUUUCAGCGGCAAGAGGAAAAAUCCUCCACUAUCAAGUGACCUUGCAGGAGGUGGCAGAGGGAAAAGUCACACUACAGAACAUCACAAGACACACGUCCUGGACUUGGGUCAUUCCCAGAAGUGGGAACUGGACUGUGGCUGUGUCUGCAGCCAACUCAAAAGGCAGUUCCCUGCCCAGUCGUAUUAACAUAACGGACCUAUGUGGGGCAGGGUCGCUGGCUCCGCGCCAGGUCUCUGCAGACUCGGGGGGUGUGGACAGCCUCGUGGUGACGUGGGCGCCUCCAGGGAAAGCCGCCUGUGCCGUGGGGGAGUACGUGGUGGAGUGGAGGGAGCUCCACCCAGGGGGCGGCGCGCAGCCCCCUGUGAGCUGGCUGCGGAGAGCCCCCUACAACCUGUCCGCUGUGAUUUCAGAAAACAUAAAACCCUUCGUCUGUUAUGAAAUCCACGUGCAUGCGCUUUCAGGGGACCAGGGAGGAUGCAGCUCCAUCCAGGGUGACUCCAAGCACAAAGCACCGCUGAGUGGCCCCCACAUUAAUGCCAUCUCAGAGGAAAAGGGGAGCGUUUUAAUUUCAUGGGACGAAAUUCCAGCCCGGGAGCAAAUGGGCUGCAUCCUCCAUUACAGGAUAUACUGGAAAGAACGGGACUCCAAUUCCCAGCCUCAGCUUUGUGAAAUUCCCUACAGGGACUUCCCAAAUUCACAUCCCAUAGACAGCCUGCGCCCCAGAGUGACAUACGUCCUGUGGAUGACAGCUCUGACAGCGGCUGGCGAAAGCCCCCAGGGAAAUGAGAGGGAAUUUUGUCUGCAAGGGAAAGCCAAUUGGAGCGCCUUUGUGGCACCGAGCGUUUGCAUUGCUGUCAUCCUGGUGGGCAUUUUCUCAGUGCGUUGCUUCCGGCAAAAGGUAUUUGUUCUCCUUUUGGCCCUCCGACCUCAGUGGUGCAGCAGAGAAAUUCCAGAUCCAGCGAACAGCACUUGGGCCAAGAAAUAUCCUGUUGUGGAGGAGAAGACGCAGCUGACCUUGGAUAGGCUCCUGACAGACUGGCCCACUCCAGAAGAACCUGAGCCCCUGAUCAUCAACGAAGUCCUUCAUCAAGUGACCCCGGUCUUCAGACAUCCCCGUCACCCCAACUGGCCAGAAAACGGACAAAGAGUCCAAGAUCACUAUACCUCUGAGGAAGACACAGGAUACAGUGCCUCGAGCCCACCCCCUCCAAGAGCUCUCACAGCAGAGGCAGGACAAGUGGUAGAUCUGUACAAGGUGUUGGGGAGCAAGGGCCCCAACUCAAAGUUGGGACACCCAGCCAGCCCCUUGACAGUCCUCCAAGUGGACUACCUUCCUACCCACGAGGGCUACUUACCCUCCAAUAUAGAUUAUCUCCCCUCACAUGAGGCUCCCAUAGCUGACCCUCUGGAAGAACUGCCUCAGCACAUCUCUCUUUCUGUUUUCCCCUCAAGUUCCCUUCACCCACUCACCUUCUCCUGUGGUGACAAGUUAACUCUGGAUCAGUUAAAGAUGAGGUGUGGCUCCCUCAUGCUCUGAGUGGCAAAGCCUAAAGUUUGGAAAGUCAGUGUGCCCCCAGCCAGCACAGCAUGCCCCAUCUGCCAUCCUCCCAGCCCCCUGCUCCAGUGCUCAUCACCUUGAGUGCUGCCAUCAGGUCUGGCUGCAGCCAGAGGGCAGGUAAGCCAGCUCAGGAUGAAUCUCAGGAACUAAUAGUUGGCUGUACCCCAAAUACCUCAUCUUGCCUUCUCCACAGCCUUACGAUUACAUUCUUUACUGUGUGGACUUGAGACUACAAUCUGGGUACUGCACUGGGGCAGGUGGUGCGGUGGUCAAUGCCCCUAACCUCCAUGUUGUCCAAGGGUCAACUGUAUAAAGCAGCUACUACAAACCGGGUCUUAUGUCUAGAUCAGUACUGUCCAGUACGCCUGAGAUACAAGUAUUCUAUGUAUAUCUGCACUGUUCGGUACAGUAGGUACUAACCACAUUGGCCACUGACCACUUUGGAAUGUAUCUCUAGUAUGACUGAGGAACUGAAUUUUUAUUGUAAUUAAAGUAGUCACAUAUGGCUAUUGGCUACUGUGUUGGAGAGCACAACUCCAAGUGAUGGACAUGUUAGUGAGAAUUAUUGGUUCCCUUCAAAACAGAUCAACCUCAUUUUACAUAUGAGGGCAUAAAAGAUCCUGGUGAACACCAAUAUAGAAGGGCUCCCAAGACGGUCAUGGCUAUUCUUAUUUGUAGAAGCCUAAGAAUGUACCUUUCCCUUAGUUUUGAUAGUUUAUUUUAUUAGUUUAUUUUGUCUUCACCUUUUUUCAGUGAGUCAACAGAUGCUUGAAGGAGGAAAGCUACUACUAAACCCACUAUAGGACCUUGGGCAAGCAGCCUCCCCUCUCUGAAAUCCGAUGUUUUGUAAAGAAGUGGGCCCCUUGUGUUUCCUCUCCUUUCUGCUGCAGCUGAUGCUGCCUUUAAGAUCACAGCUACCUCAGGGUCUAAUACCCUACUGCCAAGAUUGCACUCAUAAAUUGUCCCUUCUGAAGGCAUUCUGCUUUCUUUCCUCAGGAAGACUCUAAGCUGGUCCUCAGACAGCUCAAAUUGAGCCUAGAAAAUUCUCUUUUCCCCAGCACGAACUUGGAAAGCUCUCUGGCUUGUCACCCUCCCUUCACCCAUCAUUUCUUCUGUCCCUUAACUACAGGCACUUCUGCUAAGCUGGUAGAGAAGAAUCUCAGUCUAACUGCUAAUUGUACCCUUCCCAAAAGAACAGGAUGAAAGGUCCAGGAACCUUUUUCUCAAAUCCCUGUCAAGCCUGGGUCCUACACCCUACCACCAUCCCACCCAAACACUGGAUCUGAGGUGGCUCUGAUUUACCAGAUGUCCCUUAGAGCUCUAGACACUGAAAUGAGCAUUUGCUCUGCUUGUUCAUGUUUAACUCUUCAUCCAUGCUUCCUACCAUUUAUUCCAGACUUAACUUCUUUAGUUCACCCAGGCUUUAUUUGAAAACCUUGUUUCUUCCUUACAUCUCCAUUCUACUCUAUUUAGCUGCUGUGUAGAAGCCCCCACCAUGGUCCCUUGCAUCUCCGCAGCUUCAGCACUGGCUUUUCCACACCCAGGAUGGGGAGCCCCUUGUUGACUGUUUGCAAUGGGCCACAACAAAGCCGCCACCUCAGAAGCAGGGCAGUCUGUCGCUUCUUGACAAUGAAAGCCAACUUCUUUCUUGUUAAUACCUGCUUUUUCAUUUAUUUGCUUUCCUUUUGAUAACCUGAUAACCACCUUAAAUCACUCUUCCCCACCACUUCUGGCCUCAACACACAGGUCCCAGUCUCCCUUUUAUCCCCCUCACCCCUUCCCUUCCCUUAAAGCCCCAGCUGGUACUGCAGUCCUCAUUUGUUUUCCUUAAAAGGUUUUUUAAAAAAUUUAAAAAGGGAGACUUCUUGACUCCUGAAGUCUCCUUCUAAGGAUGCAGAGGCCUCCUCAGUGCUCCCCUAGCACGAUGCACUUACUUCCUCGACUGGACUGUGAAUAGCUUGAAGGCAGGAACCAUGGCAAUCUGUUUCUCCAGCACUGUGCCUGGUCCAUAGUAGGCUAUCGAUAAAAAGCAAAAGAUGUCUCCUGCCAUCAGUUCCAUCUUGUUCCUUGUUACAGAAGCGAGUCUGGUUGUGUCUCUUCCUCUUUAAUGAGACAAUUGAGUUUGCUUGUAAUCCUCUUCAUUCCCAACCGCAUUCUACCCUACCAUUUACUGACAGCACCACUAUAAUACAUGUAGCAGUUCAUUACUUUAAAAAUAUUUGAGCAUGCUCUUGGCUACUCACUCUGCCAGAUAAAAAGUCCUCUUGCCACGAAUGACAGGAUGGGUAACCUCAUCCUGCCCUUGCCCCAGACAGCUUUUACAAUCCACCUUCCCGCCCACACACAGUCAAAAUCCCAUCAGAUUGCCUAGUUUACUAGGACUGGGUAGGGCUCAACAAUAUUCAUAUAGUCAGGCUUUCAUUCCUCAGGAAAAUUAGCAACGCUAUAAAUCCUUACUCCUGAUGUACAUCUGAAAGCCAACCCAGAAAUCUCUGCUCUAUUGAAACACAUCAAAUUCCUUAAUUCUCUGGGACCUAAAUACUAUAAAGAGAGUCCAAGUUCAUUGUCAUGAAUUCAUGAGAAUCGCCACCAAUUCUUGUGUACCGAUCAUUACCUUGAAUUAUUCCUUAAAAGGGCCAGCAAUUCUAUUUUCCUGGCCUCUGACUUCCUUAUAGGGAAUCUAGUUCUUUCCCUUUGGUGCCUUUUCCCCUCCACCUCAUCCCAGUUUCUCAGCUUCCAUUAAUAGCUUACAGCUGCAACUCACCAAAGCCCAGAGGCCAGUGAAACACAUGCCAAACUAGGCACCUUUUAGUCCAUCCCCCAUGUUCGAUUCUUGGUUUUUCUACAUCAAGCUCUUUUUCUUUCACCUGACGUAGUUGUCGUCUAUCCCAAUAUCGCUGCUGAAACCCUCCAAAGGAGCCCUGUUUUUCUCUUCCUAAUCUGCAGAACUCAAGGACAUUCACAAUAUCCACCCUUAUGAAAGGCUGAUAGGUGAACCCUCAAAUUAAUCACUCUCUAGAAUGAGAUCAGAAAGGCCUCUUCUUCCCCCUAAAAAAAAAAAAAAAAAAAAGAUAAGCAAUUCAAUCAAUUGGCCAACUGGAAAUAAACAAGUCAGAUUU